AUGCUACUACUUGCGGGUCUUGCACUUCAGAAAGCGACGCAGUAUCUUCAACAUCUCCAAACACUUGCUCACCUAAAUGUACAGCUGGUUCAAACGGCUGUGCGGCUUGCUCAGAUAGCACUACUUGCGGGUCUUGCACUUCAGAAAGCGACGCAGUAUCUUCUACAUCUCCAAACACUUGCUCACCUAAAUGCACAGCUGGCAGCAACCAUUGUACUACCUGUUCGGAUAGCACAACGUGUGGCACAUGUGAUUCAGCAACAGAUUUGUCAUCAGGAUCUUGUGUAUGUACAGCUGGAAAGUACCAUUGUGAGACUUGCGUAG